AUGACGGUGUCCGGUCCCACAGUCGAAGAAGUCAAGAUCGUUGACUUCAAGAUCAUCGACCUUCGAUUUCCCACAAGCUUAAAUGGGGUGGGCUCCGAUGCGAUGCACGUGGGCACCAAUGGCUCCCAACCAUAUGUUCAACUUAUAACAAAUCAGCCUGGACUUGUAGGAGAGGGAAUUGCCUUUAGUAACGGCCGCGGUAGUGAACUUAUCUGCAUGUGCCUAGAGACGUUCGCAAAACGGGUCGUCGGAAAGACGAUGCAUGAGCUUACUCGUAAUAUGGGCAAGACCUGGCGAUAUAUGGUUUCCGACUCUCAGUAUCGCUGGGUUGGUCCUGAGAAGAGCGUCACGCACCUCGCUAUGGCCGGCGUCAUGAAUGGCGUGUGGGAUCUUUGGGGUAAGAUCCUACGGAAGCCCGUUUGGCAGAUCGUCUGCGAUAUGACACCCGAAGAGGUUGUGCAAUGCAUCGACUUCCGAUACAUCACCGAUGUUAUCACCCCUGAAGAGGCCGUCCAGAUGCUAAAGAAAGCGCAAGACGGCAAGGAAGCGAGGCUAAAGGAGGCGUUUGAGAACGUGGCAGUGCCUGCAUACUCAACCUCUCCUGGUUGGAUGGCCCUUUCAGGAGAUAGGAUGAGGGAGGUGUUAGAUGAAGAAAUUAAAAUGGGAUACAAGGUGUUCAAGUUCAAGGUUGGAUCCGGAGUGGAGGCAGAUAGAGCCAAGUUGGCGGCCGUGCGAUCCGUGAUCGGAUAUGAUCAGGGCUUCCAGUUGAUGAUUGACGCUAACCAAGUUUGGAGUGUUCCUGAAGCUAUUGACUACAUGAAGCAGCUUGUCGAAUUCAAGCCUGUUUUCAUCGAAGAGCCGACUAACCCUGAUGAUGUCCUCGGUCAUGCCGCGAUCCGUAAGGCCCUUAAACCUUACGGUGUUGGCGUCGCCACUGGAGAAGCUGCCCAAAAUCGGGUCACUUUCAAACAGCUACUUCAAGCCGAAGCCAUUGAUGUAUGCCAAAUCGAUGCUGUCAGACUCGGCAGCGUUAACGAGUGUUUAGUAAGGACUGCCCUCACCUCCGCUUUCGACGUUCCUUGUGUUCCCCACAAUGGCGCCAUGGGGCUCACCGAGCUGACCUCGCACUUGAGCCUCAUUGACUACGUCACCGUUACCGGCCGCAAGUCUAUGCUUGAGUACGCUGAUAGCUUCCGUGAGAACCUUCGCCAUCCUAGCCGGAUCGUCAAUGCGCACUACGAGACGCCAUUAGCCCCCGGUUACUCCACGGGAUACACAGAUGAGGCAUUGGAGAAAGAUGCCCCAUGGACGAAUGUUAUGUAUAGCGAGGGUCUGAAGCUCAUCGAUAUCAGGCACUAG